AAUGACCUUGGUGCGCUUCCGGGCUCCAAUGCGUACGUAAGCAAUGUCAGCCCCAAGGCCGACGCCUUCCGACGCCAUGCAAGACACCUAUUGGAACCACCCCAGUUUUCCCUUCGUAUUUCGAGCCAACCCUUCAAAAUUCAUACACUAAAGUUGCAACCUUGCACCCUCGGCUUCUCAGUUCACAAUCCGCAGAACACGCAUCGAAAUGAACGACACCAUCGACGCACGCACCGAGAACACCGAGACGACGCUGCUAGUAGCGCCGUCCCCGGCGCACCCAACACGCAUCGAUACUCCCGCCGACUACACCUCCCUCUUCACCUUCCCCAUGGGAACCAAAAACGAUCGCUUCGCCUGGAAAACGCAUUUAAAAGGUGGUCUAUACUUCGGACUCGGCUUCGGACUCAUGCUGACGGUCUUCAACCUCAACGAAAUCUCCCUCAUGUAUAAGGCCUGGACCCAGCCCUUUCCCCCGCUUAUCGAAACGUUCCCAUGGUACUUCCCCAACCCGCCACUACCGGAUGCAAAACCGGUUCCCAUAACCGACGUGGACCGUAUCCCGCGUCUGGUUGUUCCCGACGCCUCUGCAACGUUGGGCUGGCACGUGGAGAAUGUGUGGACAUGGAACGAUAACCCAUUCGUCUCCGAAGUCCUGACUGGCGCGUGCGUCUCCGUUAUAUGGUACACAGCCGUGGCGGUUCUAUUCAAACUGCUUCUCUUGCGCUGGCAAAGAAAGCUGAGACUCGGCAAGGACGGGUUUGCGAUCUCGCAUUUAACAAGGACCAAAAAGUAUAAAUGGUGCGAUGUCCGCCACAUCCGCGUGCUGCCUGUCAAAACGUGGGCGCACGCACACAUGUCGCCGACCUUGCAGAAACAAGUGUUUGGCGAGUAUGCGGUUUUCGAAGAGAUCAAGACGAUCGUAUUGUAUGCGCACAAUGCUAUCCUCGCCAUCCUGCAAAUCCCAGUGAACGAGGAACGACUCCUGAUCCGGUUCCCUGACGUACCUGAUGGGGUGAAUCCAUUGAUGCUCCAUAUUUGGGGCUUGGAAACGAGUGUGCUGCACACUGUGUUCCAGAAUGCUAUGGCGGGGCAGCCGACGGAUGUGGAGAGCGAGAUCCUGAAAAAAUUUCCGGAGGAAAUGUCGAAGCCUUGCCAGAUUGCAGAUCAUGAGGGAAUGCUUUUGCGCGACCCUAAAUGAGGCGGGUGAGGAGCGACAGGGUGCCUUCAUUACGCGCGAUCAUAGACGUACCUGUCACGACUAUCUCAUCUGGGCGGGUGAAAAGGGACGGAGGUGGAUAGAACUUCAAGAAGCAGACUAGAAAUCCACAGUGUAGCCUCGACCCGUCGAUAAUCGAUAUCAACUUGUUAAGCUGUAAUGGAAUUGUAACAUGUAGCUUCCGUUUCUGAUUGCCGUUGGGGAUCGACAAGUGAUUGG